AUUUUAAAUCUUUAUUGAAUUUAGCUAAUAGUGAAAAAAGAGAUAAAUUUGAUAAAAUUGGAGUAAUGGGUAUCGGAUUUAAUUCAGUUUUUCAUAUUACUGAUGUUAGUUCCAUUAUUUCUGGGUCAUCUUAUGUUCUUAUCGAUCCUCAUGCUCGUGGUUAUUGUAAUUUGCCACCUGGCCAACGAGGUUUCAAAGGUGAUUUCGUAGAACAUGAUCUAAUAAAAAAGUUUCCUGAUCAAUUCACGCCCUUUUCAGUAGCUUUAAAUAAUAGUUUAGAUGAAUUUUAUAAUGGAACAAUAUUCCGAUAUUCCCUUCGUACGAAAUUGGAUGCUUCAGAAUCCGAAAUUUCUGAAAAAAUAUAUCGAAUUGACCAAAUAAAAGAAAUGUUUGAAACUUUUUUUCAAGUUGAUAACAUUACUUGUCUUAUGUUUUUGAAAUAUAUUGAAAGAAUAUCAUUUUACGAAAUCGAAAAAGGUCAAACUAUUCCUAAACUUUUAUAUCAAAUUGAAGUUACUAAUGCUAAAGAAAUAUCUGAUAAGAGAAAAUUAUUGGCUAAUAAUAUAAUGUCAAUAAUAAAAUCUCCAACAAAUACUGGCGCUUUUGAAACUAUUUACAAAAUGAAAUUUUGUCAAAGUUCUUCUCAAUCUAAUAUCAAAAGUGAAUGGUUAAUUAUCAAUUAUAUUGCUGAUGUUAAUGAUAAAACUUAUGCUAAAUUUAAGAAUUAUAUUCGUGAUUGCAAAUUUGUACCAAAUGUUGGAUUGGCUGCAAGAAUAGAUGAUGUGUCAAAGAAUAAAGGAAAGCUUUAUUGUUUUUUACCUUUGCCCGGGUAUAAAGAUGACUUUUCGGUUUCAGUCAAUGGUUGCUUCGCUGUUAGUAAAAAUAGAAGGAAUUUGGAAGUUUCUAUGGAUGAAGAUCUG